AUGGCUCCCAAAAAGAAGGCUAGCAGGGUGGGCAAGGAGCCCGAGGUCAAGAAGAAGAAAGGGGGCAGGAAGGAUCUCCCCGUGACCCUCAAGCCCAUGGAGAUGCCUCUGUCCGAGGAGACGCGGGAGUUCUUCCUCAUCCAGAUCCGAGACUUGGAGGACAGGCUGGCCCGGUACCAGCGGAAGUGGGACGAGCUGGCCGCGCAGGACAAGCUGCUCCGCCAGGAGCUGGAGCAGCUGGCCAACAGCAAGAAGGAGAUCGUGGCCUUCCUCAAGCGCACGCUCAGCCAGCGCAUGGACGAGAUCACGGACCUGAACGAGCAGCUGCAGAGCCUGCAGCUGGCCAAGGAGCUGGAGAAAGACGCCUUUGAGGCGCAGCUGGCCCAGGUGCGGCACGAGUUCCAGGAGACCAAGGACCAGCUCACGUCGGAGAACAUCGCCCUCGGGGGCAAGCUGGCAGCCCUGGAGGAGUUCCGGCUGCAGAAGGAGGAGCUCACGGAGAGGUUCACGCUGCUGGAGGAGCAGCUGCGCCGGCAGGAGACCGAGUACAGGGACCACAUGUACAGACUGGAGAAGAAGUCGGCGCUGGACAGGGACAGACUGCAGAAGGAGAUCAUCCAGCGCGUGAACCUGGUGGCCAGCGAGUUCCGCAAGACAGCCAGCAAGCAGAUGUGGGAGACCACCAAGCGGGCCAUCCUGGAGAACAACAGCGUGACCCUGCAGCUGGCCAGGGUGUCGCGGCAGGGCGUGCAGCUCCAGUGCGAGAACGAGCAACUCCACGGCAGCCGGGCCGAGCUGUGCCAGCGGCUGGAGCUGCUGCAGGGCAGCCAGGAGAUCAUGGCCAGGCACAGCCGGGGCCACCAGAAGAUCAUCCUCAUGCUGACCGACAAGUGCCGCCAACAGCAGGACGCCGCGGCGGAGGCCCAGCGGCUGCGGCUCCUGCUGAACCGGCUGGAGCAGGACUUCCUGCAGCUGCAGAGAGACGACCAAGCACUGAGGGCCCAGAAGGAGCAGCUGGACCUGCAGCUGGAGCAGCAGAAUGGGGAGGCGCGGCGGCUCCAGCGGGAGCUGACGGAGGAGCAGGAGCUGCGGGCCAGGCUGGAGAUGACCCUGGCCCGGGCCACCGCCUUCCUGCGGGACGUCCUGCAGAUGCGAGCAGAGGGGGACGACGGCGACUUUGACGUGGUGUUCCAGCUGCAGCGCAAGGAGAUGCUGCGCCAGCUGCUGGCCCUGCUCAGCGCCGCCGCGGUCCGCACGGCCCAGGUGCCUGCGUGUCGCCGCCCGGAGGCCCAGCCCCACGGCGCGCAGCAGGGGAGCCGGCCCGGCAUCCAGCCGCCCAGGGCGCACGCUCUGCUGCAGCAGCUGUCCGGCAUCACGGCCUACCAGCCGGGGGACCUGGGCCUGGUACCUCGCCGGUUCCACGUCCCCCCCAACCCUCAGGACCUCAGGCUGCUCUCCUACGUCACCCGCGUGGGGAAAGUCCGGGUACACAGCAGCCCCGAGGUGAGUGCCCGGGGCCCCAGUAUCCUAAAAAGGCUCAAGAAGUUUAGCCUCCCCGAAGUUUUCCUGCACCCCAAGUAGGAUGCCGAGAGAAGACUGACGUCCGGGCCUGGGACGUGACCUCGGGCCCCAGUUCGUCUCUGAGAAAAGUUGUAUAAAAGUGGCAGCG